AUGAACGGCUCCAACCAGGGCUUUUUGCCGAACAAUCAGCAGCAGCACUUCCGGCUGCAGAUCUCGCCGAACGACCGGCUGCAGUUCAUCAAGGUCUUGAUCACGUCUUUGCAGAAGAUCCAGGGCCCGAGCUUCUCGGCGCAGAAGGUCAGGCCCGUAGCCGAGGAGUUCGAGAAGUAUGCAUUCUCCCACUCGUCGGACAAGUCGCAAUACGUGGACUUCCUAAAGUCGAAGAUCGCCAGCUUGACGCAGGCCAGGAGAGCCAACCAGCAGCAGCAGCAGCAGCAGGUGCCGCAGCAGAUGCCCCAACAGAUGCCGCAGCAGAUGCCGCCUCACAUGUCUCCGCAGAUGCAGCAGGCAAGGACUCAGCAGCAGCAAAAUCUCAACCAGCACCACCAACCAGCACCACCACAGCAACAACCGCAGCAACCACAACAACCACAGCAGCAACAACUGCAGCAACCGCAACAGGGUGGAAAGAUCAACCUGCACACGGCACCAAUUCCUAAGGAAUUGCUCGAUAAGCUACCAAAGGUUUUUCCGCCAAUGCUCAACACCUGGCAGACUAUCAUGCCGUACUUGAGAAACAACCAGCUCAGCCAGGAGGAAUUGCAGACCAUCAGGAACGUGCACAUGAUGCACGUGAAUCUUUUCAAACAGAACUACGCAAACAUGCAGCCCCAGCAGCAGCAGCCUCAACAACAACAGCAGCAGCAGCCAAAACCCCAACAACAACAACAGCAGCAGCCACAGCAAGGACAACCGCAACCCAACUCGAGCAACGCUUCUCUGAAUCCUCAACAGAUUCUUAUGAUGAACAGGCAAAGAGAGGUGCAAGCUCAAGCUGCACAAGCACAGGCACAGGCACAAGCGGCCCAGGCCCAAGCACAGGCACAGGCUGCCCAGGCGCAGGCGCAGGCGCAAGCUGCUCAAGCACAAGCACAAGCACAAGCACAAGCACAAGCACAAGCUGCUCAGGCUCAAGCACAAGCUGCUCAGGCGCAAGCACAAGCCCAGGCGCAAGUCCAGGCUGCCCAGGCACAAGCCCAAGCGGCACAGGCAGCACAAGCUCAAUCCCACUCGAAUAGUCAGCAGUUGUCUCAAGCCAAACAGGCUCAGAUCAACGCAUACAAGAUUCAGGCUUUGCAAGUAAUCAGAAAGCUUCAGAGUUUGGGAAAACUACCUGCUACACUGACUCCAGAACAAGAGGCUGCUUAUGUUCGUAAAUACCUUUUGCAUAUCUUGCAAAACACAAACAGAGAUUCUCAAGAUCCGAGUAAGCAGCAACAACAACAACAGCAGCAGAUGAUGAGACAGCAACAGCAACAACCUCAGUCAACACAACAGCAGAUGCAGCAGCCGCCUCAGCAACAACCCCAUUAUCCUCAACAACCACAGCAGCAGCAGCAUCAACCGCAGCAUCAGCAGCAGCAGUUGAAGCCAAACGUUCAAGCUAACCAGAAUCCAAUGAUCUCACCUGUUCUACAACAGGCACACACACAAAACAUGUUUCAACAAUCGGCAAAUUAUGAUAACAUGCAGCUACCGUUGCAGGUUCCUAAACACAUGGCCAAUUCCAACUCGAUUGAUAUGAGCACCCUGUCUAGUCCUUUGAUCGGUAUGCAGAACUUGAAUACCAAUACCAAUCAAGGUGUAUCAAAUUUUGGUUCACCUACAAUCCAAAAUCCUCAGCUGAUGGUAAAGAACCAGCUUCCUAUUCAGAUGCAACAACCGCAAGCUGCCGCUCCCAAACAGCAACUGCAACAACAGUUGCCACAAAACUUUCAACAGCAACAGCAACAGCAACAGCAACCUCAAUACUCGUUACAACAAGCAGCUCAACAGUCGUCGGCAAGGAAACAGCAGCAGCAACAACAACGCCAAGUUUAUCCAUCGCAGCAACUUCCGACCCAUCCCGUACAGCAGUUGCCCACGAAUCAAAACCAGUUUGGAAACGCCAUUAGUAACCAGAUGCCAGCUAACCAGUUUAUUAAUACAAACUCGUCUGGUGCUAAGUUGUUGCCUGGUCUUAAGGCUACAAAUGAAGACUGGACCGCUUUGAAGGAAAUUUACCAUGAGACUUUGAUUUCUCCGAUCAACCUGAAAGACAUGACUACUACCCUGUCCGAUGACGACAAGAGAAAGGUGUUGGGUUUGGCCAAGCAGUCCAAACAGUUGAUGGUUUUGUGCCAGAGCAUUAUUAUACCGAAUUUCUACUUCCUCACGAAACAACGUGAUGCAACUAAAAGAAUCAUGUACAGUGAACUCAUGCUAAAACAAAUUUUAGAGAAGUUGAGUCUUUCUGGUAAGUACGUGGCUGAUGAGAAUUUGAUUCACAGGAUCCAUGACCAGAUCAAAAAGUAUCUGCAGUUUGUGAAGGACCAAAGUAGUAAGAUCGUCAAGGCUCAAGUUCAAGCACAGCAGGUGAGGGCACAACAGCUGCAGCAGCAAAUGGAACUGGCUGGGAAUGUACCACCUAAGGGAACAUUCAACCAAGCACCAGUUCCAAAUGCAACGCUGACCCCUUCUACAAUUCAAAAUUUCCAAAAUAGACCUGUACAGGACAGCUUUAAUGCUGAUUCUUCCCAGUUCAACCUUCAAAUGAUGAACAACGUUAAGGGGAACAACAAUAUGAAUGCCACCGGUAAUUUAAUGGUUCCUACUCCAUCUGCAAUCCAGCCGGGUGGCGACAACAUGAAACCGGUCAUGAACAAUCUACAAGCAAAUGGAGCUCAACUGUAUCCCUCGAUGAAUGCACCUCCGAUGCAGAAUGUUCCUGUGAAGCCAGCUGUUAUUUCCUCUUCUGCAUCUACCCCUUCACAAAUCAAAAAACCUAAGCGGAAGCCGUCAAAAAGUGUGGGCAAGAUUUCAAAUCCUAAUACCCCUGCCUCAAGUAAUACGGUUGCUAGCACACCUACCUCUACUACGGUUGCACCUAACAGAAAUGCUGCAGGUAAUACUGUAGGAGCUACUGCUGCUCCAACAGCCGCUUCCCCAUCCAACGUGAAUAGUGCUGAAAUUCAGGCUGUUCUAAAGGUCAACAACGAAAAUGUGGAGAAGGAAGAGGCAAGAUUCAAGGCUAUAGAUGUUGCAAGAGCCCGGAGACGUAUGUUAGUAUCAUCAGGUACUCAACCAUCGAAUGCAGCAUCAUCGCCUGUUGCGAGUGCAAAUCUGCAGCCAAUAUCAGGAGCUGCAGCGUAUUUCCUAUCCACGUUAUGUGAUACUUUGGGAUUGGAAAGCGAAGAAAAGGCCAUCAUUUCUAAUGCCAACAAUUCUUCUCUGGAUGGCACCAAUGGUGGAAUCCCGGGAUUCAUCAGAACUAAAAAUAACGGAAAUAACGGAGGCAAGGUGUUAACACCUUCUGCUGUCCUUGCGACUCCUAUCGGUUUGAAUGCCAAGACACCGGUCGCCAAAUACCCUAGCGCAUUAUCUCCAGAGGAGCUGAAGAUCCUUCCAUGGACCGGCAAAAUCUCUGCUGACUGUAUUGCCAGCUGUUUCAGAGCUCUUGACAGCAAGAACUUGAAUCCUUCGCCCUCUUUUCUGAGCGCUGCCCCAGCCACACCUGUCGGCCACAAAUGCUCCCAGACAAUGUCGGCGGGCAGCACCAAAAGUUUUGUGCAGCUUGUUCAGGAAAGACAGUCCAAGCGCAAAACGAUGUCCAUACUUUGCGGAGGAGAGGACAAGAAAUGGGGUGUCGAUCCCGACAGCCCGUGGAAUUGGAACACGAAGAAACAGACCGACGGAUUGAAGGUUUACCCUACUCCCCCCGAGGACGCCGACUGUGCCAAGAAACGGAAGCUGGUGAGUGUCUAUCCCGUGAAAAACGAGGACGACGAUUCUGCUGCAAUCAAGAAAUUCAAAACCGAGGAUGCCGACUACAAUCUGUUGUGGGACUUCGACAAGGCUGAACUUGUCUACACCCACGAGGACUUCAUAUCUUUGCUUUCUGAUAACGACGAGGUCGAGGUUGGUAUUGAAGCAGGGUUUAUCAUAACGGAAAUGGUGCCACCAAGAAAGAGGACGAAGUCCGGGACGCGUGUGAACCAGCCCAAUGUUCCAGUUAGAUCAAGACGAACAAGGAGCACCGUGAAGAAGGAACAGGAUACGGAUGUGGCUGAUGUCGAGGAAAAUGGCGUUGACAAUAAUGGUGACGUGAAGGCGGAAGAGAUCAGUCACUCCGAUAAAGAUGAAGAUUUCCACAUAUCGGAUAUCGACGAGGACAUUGAAGACGGCGAUGACGACGACGAGGAUCAGGAUUACGUGGACGAUAUUGUCAUAACUGGACACCGCAGCCGUGGCCAAAAAUUCAAUCCUGUAGAGCUGAGUGAUGACGAUAUAGUUGUUUUCAGCGGAAAACCAUCGAAGAACAACGGUAGACAUGGUCCGGGAAUUGAGGUUUUGGAACUUCAAGACGAAGUGACCGAGCUGCUCGACGAUCAAAACGGUAACGAGUCGAUAGAGGUGGAGCAAGAGGGGCAGCCACAGGAAGGAGAAGAGGAAGGAGAAGAGGAAGGAGAAGGAGGAGGAUUUGUGAAGGAUGAAAAGAAGACAAAAAAGAGGAAGGCCCCUGCCAAGCGGGCGAAGAAGAAGAAGGAGCCCAAGCCAAAGUUGACGCCUUUUGAGAGACGUACCAACAAGCUCUACGAGUCGCAUCCCGAGUUACGUGACGUGUUCCCUCGUUUGGAGGAACGGGCUGCAAAGAAGGUGGAAAGGGCAGAACAGCCGAAGAACAUGGCUGUUACUCUUUUGAAUUUCCAACUAGAAGGUUUGUCCUGGAUGCUUCGCCAGGAGGAGGCCAACGAGUACAAAGGCGGAAUUUUAGCAGAUGAGAUGGGUAUGGGUAAGACUAUACAGAUGCUUUCCCUAAUGAUGAACGACACGACUAAGGGUCCGAACCUGGUUGUUGCUCCGACUGUCGCUUUGAUGCAGUGGAAGUCUGAGAUCGAGACGCACACAAACAAUUUUUUGAAGGUUGGAUUAUUCCACGGUGCAAGCCGAGCCAAAUCUCUGUCUGAGCUAGAUGGAUUUGAUGUGAUCUUGACAUCAUACGCCGUGGUGGAGAGUUGUUAUCGGAAGGAGAGAUACGGGUUCACUAAGAAGGCCAAAAAGGUGAAGGAGAAGAGUAUUCUUCAUCAGAAGAAGUUUUAUAGAGUCAUCCUUGAUGAAGCUCAUAACAUCAAGGAUAGAACCAGCUCAACUGCCAAGGCGUGUGACUACUUAAACUGUGAAAAAAGAUGGUGUUUAUCUGGUACACCAUUGCAAAACCGUAUCGGUGAAUUGUACUCAUUGAUUAGAUUUUUAGACAUUGCUCCGUUUUGUGAGUAUUUCUGCACCAAAUGUCCGUGCACUUCGAAGGAGUGGAACUUCCCCGAUUAUCGAGUAUGCGCACAAUGUGGACAUGCUCCCAUGCUGCAUAUGAACUUCUUCAAUCAUUUCAUGUUGAAGAACAUCCAAAAGUACGGUUUACAAUUUGAGGGAGAGGAGAGUUUUCAUCGGAUCCAGUUGUUGCUACGGCAGAUUAUGAUUCGUAGAACAAAGGUCGAAAGAGCAGACGACUUGGGGUUGCCGCCAAAGAUUGUUGAGAUCAGAAGAGACUUUUUCAACCCAGAGGAGAAAGAUCUUUACCAAUCUCUUUACUCAAACUCGAAGCGUCAAUUCGACGAUUAUGUUUCCGAAGGUGUUGUGUUGAAUAACUAUGCAAACAUCUUCACUUUGAUUACACGGAUGAGACAACUUGCAGAUCACCCGGAUUUGGUUCUUAAGAGAAUGAAAGUGCCAGGAAAGAAAGGCGGCCCUGGUGCCAAGAAGGGAAAUGGCUUUGACAUGGAGGUAUUGCUGGGGGUUAUCAUCUGCCAGCUUUGCGACGACGAAGCAGAAGAGCCGAUCGAGUCCAAAUGCCAUCAUAAGUUCUGUCGGAUCUGCAUCUCCGAGUACGUGGAGAGUUUCAACGGAGACACAUCAAAGUUGAAGUGCCCCGUGUGCCAUAUUGGCCUCAGCAUCGACUUGGAGGCCGCUGCCAUCGAGAUGGACAUGGAUGCGGUGGAGAAAAGCUCGAUCGUGAACAGGAUUGACAUGGGCGGCAGCUGGAAGUCGUCCACUAAGGUCGAGGCCUUGAUGGAGGAGUUGUACAAGUCUCGCUCGGACAGGGUGACGACAAAGUCCAUCGUAUUCUCGCAGUUCACGUCGAUGCUCGACCUCGUCGAGUGGAGGUUGAAGAGAGCCGGCUUCGAGACCGUUAAGCUACAGGGUUCGAUGACUCCGACACAGCGACAGUCGACCAUCAAGUAUUUUCUCGAGACGCCCUCCGUGGAGGUGUUCCUCGUGUCCCUCAAGGCCGGAGGUGUGGCGCUUAACCUUGUCGAGGCCAACCAGGUGUUCAUAUUGGACAGCUGGUGGAACCCCUCUUUAGACACGGGCCAGGCCGCUGACAGAAUCCACCGUAUAGGGCAGCACCGGCCAAUUCGGAUCGUCAAGCUCGUUAUCGAGGACAGCAUUGAGUCCCGGAUCAUCGAGCUCCAGGAGAAGAAGGCCAACAUGGUCAAGGCAACCUUGGACAAAGACGAGCGGGCCGCCAACCAGCUCAGUGCCGCCGACAUGCAGUUCUUGUUCAACAACUAG